AUGCUCAAGCAGAUUUUUGACUUCUUUCAGAAUCACCAGGAGGGUGACCACUUGCAGAAAGCCAUAGAGAUCCCAGCUGUGAACUUUGCUGUCAGCGCGGAGCAUGUGCUUACAGCCGGCUCCUUGUCGGAUGCGGCCACUGCACAGCGACCAUGGCGAAGGACAGGGCUGAAGCCCCCCACCCCGGCAGCCCUCGGGGGGCUGCUGGCCCUGGCCCUGCUGGCCCUGGCCCACCUGCCCCCAUCACUGGACCAGUCACCCCACCUGUCACCAACAUCGUUCCCCCCAGGCCCCCAGCAGGAGGUGUCCGUUCCCCUGCCCGGGGGACAAGCCCACAGCGAAAAGUCCCCUGGGCCCCCCACAUGGCUGCCCCGGGACCAGCAGCUCAGCCAGGGCAGGAGGCGACGAAGAGGAGUGGCAGUGGAGGCUCCUCCAUGGCUCUCCAGUGAUGACCUCCAGAAGAUGCAGUUGCUGGCCAGUGGGCAGGUGGUCUCCAAAACCCGUGUCCCAGCCCACGGACAAGUCCUGCGAGUGGGGCUGUGGUCCGUGGGGGACACUGAGGGGGACACCUUGCCAGCCAGCCCGGAGGAGGACUGCCGGGAUGGGCGCUGCGGGCUCAUCAAGCGCCCCGGGGACCUCUAUGAGGUGCUGGCCUUCCACCUGGACAGGGUGCUGGGACUGAACCGCAGCCUGCCCGCCGUGGCCCGGCGCUUCACCAGCCGCCUCCUGCCCUACAGCUACACCAACGGCUCCCUGCGACCCAUCAUCUGGUGGGCGCCCGACCUCCAGCACCUGGAGGAUGCCAACAACGACCAGAACUCCUGCACCCUGGGGUGGCUGCAGUACCAGGAGAUGUUGCGGCCCCGCAGACCGAUGCCGGCGGACGGGGACAGUCCCUGCUCCAGCAUCGCACGUGGCGAGUGGAGCCGCCUGGCCCUCUUCGACUUUCUCCUCCAGGUUCAUGACCGCCUGGACCGUUACUGCUGUGGGUUUCAGCCAGAUCCCUCUGAGCCCUGUGUGGAGGAGAGGCUCCACGAGAAGUGUCGAAACCCAGCAGAGCUGGUCCUGGUCCACAUCCUGGUCCGGAGGAGCUCACCAUCCCGCCUGGUGUUCAUCGACAACGCAGGCAGACCACAACACCCCGAGGAGAAGCUCAACUUCAGACUCCUGCAAGGCAUAGACAGCUUCCCAGCGGCGGCGGUGGCCACGCUGCAGUCAGGCAGGUUGCAGAGCCAACUGCUGGAGUCGCUGCGUGUGGACCGGGACUUCUGGGAGAGCCAGGGGGGCGCUGAGGGCCUGAGACCCCUGCUUCAGACCAUCGACAGGCGGGCACGUGUCCUGCUGAGGUACAUCCAGGAGCACAACCUGAUGGUGUUCGAGGACUCGCUGCGCUGA